UUACUCUUCUGAUGUAGAAACAUUGAGGUCUCCUUCAGGUCACAAGACUGCAUACCAGGUCAAAUUAACACAGAUUGACAGCUUUAAAACUGAUUUAAUGAAGUCAAGAAGAUCUAGACCUGAUAUUAUCAUAAUGCCAAAGGAAUCAGAGGAGGAAUUAUUGACAUCACAUAUGCACCAGAGCAAUGAAGAAGUUAAUGAAAUGAUGUCGAAGAUUCUGGGAGAUUUGGAACCAACAGAAUUAAUACUUAGGAAACAGUUACCUUUGAAGAAUCAUCAGGAGAUCAUUACUCAGAAAAAGCAAAAUACUUAUGUAGACUCUGAUGUUUCACAGAAGAUUAGGUGGGCUUCUGAAAAAAGGAGAAGAAUAUCUUUGGAAAAAAGGAGGAAAAGAUUUAUUUUAGCAAAGUCGAUACUAAGGGCCACAAGAAAUGACAGCUGGAUUUCCAGAAAAUACAAUAAAACACAAAUAUGUAUGAUAGAAAACAAACAGACCAGUAAAGGCAAACUGCAGGAACAAGAUAGGAAUAUAAAGUUUAGAAAUCAGAAACAAACACCUAAAUAUGUCAGAGGAUUAUAUUCCAGUGCUGGAAAAGCCAAAAAACAACAAACAUUAAAAUAUACUAAAAAUAUUAAGAACAGAAAAGCUAACUGGAGAAAAAAUAACUCAACAAGUAAUGCCAAGAAGGAGCAAAUGUUAGUACUGAAGGAAAGAAGAAAAAGAGAAAUAUACAUACAGAAAAGAGUAAAGGUUUUUAAAAAUCCAGUAGUUCAUGAUAACUCAUCCAUCUAUUUUACAGUUUAUGGUACACCAGUUACUGUUCAGAAUAAAUUAUCAAAAAGACUAAGGAGAAACCUAAUUGGUUUUAGAAGAAAUACAAGAGAAAGAUCUUUAAAUAAUUUCUUGAAGAAAUUUGGUGAUUUUCUUAAAUACCUUGCAAGACACAGAACAGUUGGUAAUGAAAAAGUUACAGGAAUUGAUAUUAGUCUUAAAAUAAAAAAAAAACCAAAUAAGUUUCAUGUUCCCAUGGGAACGCAAAAACCAAACUUGAAAAUUCUAAUAUUAUCAAAAAGUACUGCUCAGCCUCCAGGAAUACUGUCCUUCCCAAAACAUAUGGGAAGAGCAGAAAAUAAAAGAAAGAUGUCACACAUGAACUCUUGGAAAACUCCUCAUUCUGUUUCUUUUCAAAAAAUAAAACAUAAUUCUGAGCAUAAAUUCAGACUCAAUACAUUUAGAGCAAAUGAACAGAAUAGUGUUUUAAAAACCAAAGGAACAAAGAAACAGUAAAGCCAAUGAAGAAAAUAGAAAAGGGAAUGGCAGAAAGGCCUAGAGGCACAAAAUUAUAGCUUUUAUUCAAAGGUUUAAAAGAUAAACAGAUGAAAAAAAAUCACUUUAUAAAAUUCACCACAAAAUAGUAAAUGUAGGGUUGAUUACUAGAAAAUCCCCAUUCACAGCAAAUUUGGAAGUACCAGAAUGAUGUCAACUCAUUUUAAGAGACAGAAGACAAGUAAUUGGCACAGAAAGGAAGCAAACACUGCUAGCCUAGUUACUCAUUUGAAGCUGUCAGAAACAGUAAAACACAUACCAAACAAUUCUAACAGCAGAUCAAAACAAAUGCAACUUGGCCACAUGCAUGAACUGCUAAGAGAACUAAAGAUAUUCAUUAGGAUUUUACUACAGCAGAUGCUGAAGCAGGCACAGAAAAAUGUUAAGCAUUUGACCAAAACUUCUGCCCAAACCCCCUCAGAAACUCCUUAACAUGCCUCAAUUUAAAAAAUUCAGGAAUAAAAAAAAUUCCUGUGAAACACAGACUAAAAUCUAAAAGUGUUGAGGUGAAAUAAAUUCUCACAUUGCAAAUUGGGAGGAAAAAAGCAAAAUUAAACUCUAUAAAAAUAUCUUCUUCUCAAUUUUAGUCUCUAGGGGAGAAGGAAAAGAAACUUUGAAAAAGAUGUGGAUUUGAAUUUUUUCUUUUCCUAGAAAAAAUCAUUAAUUUGUUUAAUAAAAAUUCUUCAAGCUAAUGUUAUUCAGUCAAAGUGAACUCAAGUAUUUUACCACCAAAAUAAAAUAUUAGAAGUUUGUUAGUAUUUAAUGCUACUUUAUUGAAAAAUGGCUUUGUUUAUCUAGACUUUUAAGUUCUUAUUCAAAU